AAUACAUUGACUUUAUUUUUUUUUGCUGUCAUAAACAAACAAAAAAAUCAAAACAAAAACAACAACAACAGAAAGAAAGAAAGGAAGGAAGAAGUCUUUUGGGCUUUUGUGAAUACCCAAAAUCAUUGAUAGCUAUCUCCGAUAGCAGCACAGGUUUGGCCAAACGAUGUACAUUACUGAUGAAGAAGGUGUUGUGAAGAAAUUCGCUUGCUUAACAUGCAUAAAGGGUCAUCGCUCCUCAGGUUGUCUUCAUGCUGAUCGUGAACUAAUUGAAAUCAAAAAGAAAGGCAGACCAGUCUCACAAUGCGCUGAAUGUAGAGAACUAAGAAAGACAAAACAGAUGCACAUCAAGUGUAUCUGUACUACACGAAAGUCCCAAUCCAUUCAACCACCCCUGUCUAGCUAUCCUUCUUUAUCAGGUCAGAAUCAGACCCGUGACUUUUACAUGUCCUCGAGUAGUUCAGACGGCACUGUCACUCCACCCUGCGAUCGUCAUGCUUCUCCUAUCCCACUCGACAAUCCCGACCAAUUUACUUUUCGAAAAGACGCAGCGUCAGCUGGCCUGCCGCAGAGUCGUCGCCACUUCGCAAUUCCAAUCCACGAUCCACUGGACGAUCUGGACAGCGACACCCCGAUCUACAAACCUGAGGACCAUCAACUGACAACAGUAAACUGCACAGAUGUCCUGGGCGAACUGUCGCAUACCAGUUCAGAAGACUUGAUGAAUAAAAUCUACAGUCGAUUUACGCACCAUAACCACGACCACGACCACAACCAUAACCAUGACCAUGACCAUGACCACAGCCACAGUUAUAACCACGGCAAUGUCAAUGGCAAUGGCAAUGGUCAUAAUCACAAAAUUCAUCAUUUAAAACCAUGUAGCUGUGGUGAUGAUUGUAGGUGUGCGACAUGUAAACCACAUCCAGGAAGUACAGCUCUAAACCGCCCGGCUGCGGUCAUGGAUCAAGACGGAGUAAUGUUGUGUGGCUGUGGGUGUCAGAAGAGUCUUUCAAAUUGCUCAGAUUGUUUCCAAGAUAUGUGCGAAGAAUACCUCUUGAGUCACCCACAUCCUUAAUAAGAGUACCCAUUAAAAAAAAGUUGAUUUGGAUU